AUGUCUUCAAAACAUAACAAAACGGACUUCAACUUUAGAACAUGCAUAUAUCUACCACCGCGGGUAAAUUCGCAAGAACCAUGGUGUGUAACAGACAAUGGUGACAGGAUUUUAGUAAAUUCUUUGCCAGUAUUGCAAAUGCAAAUGUGUUUGAUCUUUUUUGGAACUCUUUUGUUCAAAUCUAUCUUGUGUCGAAUUGGAAUCUCCAAAUUCACUUCUAUGAGCAUUGUAUUAAAAAAGCUUCGUGUUGCAUUAAAUAUAACAAAGUGGGAUAAUGAUGUGGUUCAAUUGAACGUUGGUCUAAUCUUAGCAAAUACCUUCAAUGCACAUUGGACAUUAAGAAUGAAGACAAUAUUCUUCUUUGAUUCACAACAAAAUCUUGGACUAGUUUCAGUAUUUGGUUACAUGCUAUUCCUAUUUUACAUUGGGGUAAAAACAGAUAUGAGUGUGGUACACAAAACAAGAAGUGGUGCCACAAACAUUGGUUCUUUAGCUAUAAUGGCUCCAUUUCUAUGUGGCAUGGCUGUUCUAAAUUUGUACUCAUCAAAAUACCUAACAAAUGACCAAAUAAAAAUACUUGGAGUCAUCAUUGGAUUAUUUUGUAUGACACCUUUUCCAGUGAUUUCAUCUGUUUUAAGUGAUCUGAAAAUCUUGAAUUCGGAAUUAGGCCGAAUAGGCCAAUCCGCAUCGUUAGUCAGUGAAAUUUUCAGUGUUUUCUUAGCAUCAACACUAACAUUUGCUAAAUUGUAUGCGGAAUAUGGUUUAUCAAAAGCAUUGGUUUGUAUGGCUGCUGCAAUCUUGUUUGUACUAUUGGUUAUGUUCGUCAUUCGACCUGCAAUGUUUUGGAUUAUAAAACAGACACCAGAAGGUUCUCAUGUGAGUGAUAAUUAUGUUUAUAGCAUACUUAUUAUGACUCUGCUAUCAUCUUAUGCAACAUAUCGAUUUGGAUUUUUUGUUCUUUUUGGACCUUUUGUGUUUGGUUUGGCUAUUCCUGAAGGACCUCCAUUAGGCACAGCUAUUAUUAACAAAAUUGACACAUUUGUUAAUGGGGUUUUUAUGCCACUUUUUGUGACUACAUGUACGAUGAGAGUGGAUUUGAAAGAUUUUUUGAGAUGGAGAAAUGAAUUGGAUGGAAGUGUUGAUGAUUUUAUGGUGCAAACUUUGAUUGUUAUUGUAGUGAGUUUUGUUACAAAAUUUAUUGCUUGUAUGAUACCUCCUUUACGAAGUGAAAUGCCAUUGAAUGAUGCUAUUUCAUUAUCUUUGAUUAUGAGUGGGAAAGGCAUUGUGGAAAUGGCUGCAUUUACUUUGGUCAGAGAUACCAUAGGUAUCCCAGAUAACAUAUUUGCAUUGUUAAUGAUAUGUAUUGUAUUAAACACAACAUUAGUUCCAUUGUUAUUGGGUUAUGUGUAUGAUCCAACAAAGAAAUACACUGGUUACACAAAAAGAAACAUAUGUGAUCUAAAAAGCAACACAGAACUUAGAGUAUUAGCAUGUAUUCAUAGAACAGACAAUAUUCCAGCAACAAUAAACUUUCUAGAAGCAACAUACCCUACAAAACAAAAUCCAAUUUGUACUUACGUUCUUCAACUCAUUGAGUUAGUUGGAAGAGCUUCUCCAAUUUUCAUUUGUCACCAACUUCAAAAAAAGAAGAAAUCAAAUUCAAACUCAUCUGUGGCUGAAAAACUUGUGGAAUUGUUCGAAAGUUUCGAAAAGGAGUUCGAUGGUUGUUUAGUUGUUAACACAUUCACUGCUAUAUCGCCGUCCGAAAUGAUGUAUGAUGACAUAUGUACAUUAGCACUUGACAAAUUUACAUCACUUAUUGUCCUGCCUUUUCAUCGGAAAUGGUCGUCCGAUGGAAACUCGAUCGAGUUGGAAGACGAGUUGUUAAGGGACUUGAAUUUUAGAGUUUUGGAAAGAGCACCAUGUUCUGUUGGUGUGUUAAUUGAAAGAGCACAAAUGACACAUAUUUUUUCAUUGGAAACACCUUAUAAAGUAUGUUUAUUUUUCAUAGGUGGAAAAGAUGAUAGAGAAGCACUUUUUUUAACAAAGAGAAUGACUAAGAAUCCACAUGUGAAAUUAACUGUUGUUAGAUUCUUGACUGUUGAUGAUUGUGAUUCAAAGGGUUGUUGGGAAAGUAUACUUGAUAAUGAAUUGUUGAGUGAGAUUAAGACAGAGAGUAAAAUUGGUGAUGUUUAUGUGAAAUAUGUUGAGGAAAGAGGGAAAGAUGGACCUCAAACAGCUUUGAUUGUUAGGUCAUUGGUGAAUGAGUUUGAUUUGAUUGUUGUUGGAAGACAAGCUGGGAUUGAGACAUCACAAACUUCUGGAUUGUUGCAAUGGAGUGAGUAUCCUGAACUUGGUGUGUUGGGAGAUUUGUUGGCUUCAACUGAUGCUGGUGGUAAAGCUUCUGUUUUUGUUAUUCAACAACAAAGAACAGCUAUGGAUAUUUAA